AUGUCAGGAACCAAGAAGUACACAAACACCGAUUUCAAAGUACGUGGAACACGUAUACUGGCUACAUUCUAUGUUUCAUUUAUAUUGUCCAUCGGCAUUGGGAUUGGUCUAUAUUUCUUGGAUAUCAACAGAACAAGAACCAAUCUACAAUCCAUCAGCACCAUAUCAGGCAAGACUCGUCCACCGCGAUUAACACAUAUGGAAACAUUACCAAGGCAGUCGACAACUACUGAACCAUCUGCAGACAUUGCUGAUACAACCUUGUCAAAAACGUCUAAUACGACUACGGACACAUACCCAAUUUCCACAACAGUCGCUUGUUUAUUAACUCAGUUCCAAUGUAGUAAUGGCCACUGUAUUCCAUCGGGUUUCCGAUGUAAUGGAGUCAACAACUGCAAUGACGAUUCAGAUGAAGUUGGUUGUCAAGAAUGUGAUCCCAGUGAGUUCACAUGUGACGAUGGAGGCUGCAUACCGCAAUCGUAUUUAUGUGACGAUGUGUUAGACUGUCGGGAUUACUCCGACAAAAUUAACUGUGACAGAUGUUCGGUGGACCAGUACAAAUGCCCGGAUCGAGCUUGUAUAGAUGUAAACCGCUGGUGUGAUGGUACAUAUGACUGUUAUUUACAUGCUGACGAGUACUAUUGUGUAGAUUGUCGAGAAGAAGGAGUUUUUCAGUGUAUGGAUGAGCGUUACUGUGUUCCCGGGUCGUCUGUUUGUGAUCGUGGUAUAAUCUGCCGAGAUGGUUCUGACGAGUUUGGUCCGCAGUGUUCAUGGUGUAGUGUAAAUGAAUUCACAUGUGAUGGGUCUAAAUGUAUACCAUUAUCAGAUGUUUGCAAUGGUGUUAGUAACUGUGAUGACAAUGCUGACGAGAUCGAUUGUGAUCAUGUGUGUGGACCAAGUAAAUAUCACUGUGGCAAUGGUUACUGUAUCGACAAUGAGUGGAUCUGUGAUAAUGUUGUUGAUUGUUACGAUGAAAGUGAUGAGAUUGGUUGUGGAGGAUAUGAGCUGCGGCAGUCUUACAAUAUCAACAGAAUGGAUUGGCCUGCUUAUUCACUUCACGUGGCACCAAUUGAACAUUUAUGGGAUCAACUUGGUCUUUGUGUUAUGGACAAUCAUCCCCCACCAGUGGAUCGUCGUCAGCUAGCUCAAUGGCUGGUUCAGGAGCGACAAGCGAUACCAUAA